AGCAUUCCCUAUUUUCAGACCAUGAAUUGAUUACCGGAAACGUGAGAUCUGCUGCCACAACCACACUCCUUCACUAACUCCCACGUUAACUAAACCCUAAAUCCCCAAUUUCCAAUCCUCUCUCUCUUCAAUUUCACGUUUCCUGCGUCUUUUCCUUUUUCUAUUGUCUACUUAAUCAAUCGAAAUCGAGCUGUUUUCAAGCACCGGCGGAACGGUUGAUCGCAAUUUGAAGAAAUACUGGAGCAGCAAUGGAUGAUGCCUACGCCAGAUCAGCCAGCGAGGUUUUGGAAUUUUUUUCUGUGGACCCGACCAGAGGCUUGACGGACUUCCAGGUUGCAGAGCAUGGUAGAUCAUAUGGGAAAAAUGUGCUACCUCAAGAGAAAAGCACUCCUUUUUGGCGACUGGUGUUGAAACAGUUUGAUGAUUUACUUGUGAAGAUACUAAUUGUAGCUGCCAUAGUCUCCUUCCUUUUGGCCUUGGCUAAUGGAGAGACAGGGUUAUCUGCCUUCUUAGAGCCUUCAGUAAUUCUCAUGAUAUUGGCGGCAAAUGCAGCUGUAGGAGUAAUCACGGAAACAAAUGCUGAGAAGGCCCUUGAGGAACUACGUGCAUACCAAGCUGAUGUCGCAACUGUCCUACGAAAUGGUUGUUUCUCUAUCUUACCGGCGCCAGACCUCGUCCCAGGAGAUAUUGUAGAAGUCAGCGUUGGUUGCAAGAUUCCAGCAGAUAUGAGAAUGAUAGAAAUGUUAAGUGAUCAAUUACGUGUCGAUCAAGCAAUUCUUACAGGUGAGAGCUGUUCUGUGGAAAAAGAACUGGAUGCUACCAACGUGACUAAUGCUGUAUACCAAGACAAGACAAACAUUCUAUUCUCGGGAACAGUUGUAGUUUCUGGAAGGGCGAGAGCAGUUGUUGUUGGCGUUGGCUCUAAUACUGCUAUGGGAAAUAUACGCGAUUCCAUGUUGAACACUGAAGAUGAAGCAACACCACUGAAGAAGAAGUUGGAUGAAUUUGGCACUUUUUUGGCUAAGGUUAUUGCAGGCAUAUGCAUCUUGGUUUGGAUUGUUAACAUUGGUCAUUUUCGUGAUCCUGCCCAUGGAGGCUUCUUACGAGGCGCGAUACAUUACUUUAAGAUUGCAGUUGCUCUUGCGGUUGCAGCCAUCCCUGAAGGACUGCCUGCUGUUGUUACAACGUGUCUAGCUCUUGGAACUAAACGUAUGGCUCGGUUAAAUGCUAUAGUAAGGUCAUUGCCAUCAGUGGAGACCUUAGGCUGUACAACAGUGAUUUGCAGUGACAAGACUGGUACUCUGACUACUAAUAUGAUGUCUGUCUCAAAGGUGUCUGUGCUUCAUUCUGCAAAUGUUGUUCCUGUUGUAGCUGAAUACACUGUUAGUGGCACCACAUAUGCUCCAGAAGGUACUAUCUCCGACAGCAGGACAGAUGUGCAGCUUGGGCUUCCAGCAAAUUUUCACUGUCUUCUACACACAGCAAUGUGCUCUUCUCUUUGCAAUGAAUCUGUUAUUCAAUACAACCCAGAUAAGAGAAGUUAUGAGAAGAUUGGUGAGUCAACUGAAGUAGCUCUUCGUGUACUGGCUGAAAAGAUUGGCCUUCCUGGUUUCGACUCUAUGCCCUCAGCUCUCAACAUGCUCUCCAAGCAUGAACGCGCAUCAUACUGUAAUCGGUAUUGGGAGAACCAAUUCAAAAAGAUUUCAGUGUUGGAGUUCACUCGUGAUCGAAAAAUGAUGAGUGUGCUUUGUAACCGGAAGCAGAUACAGAUUAUGUUCUCAAAAGGUGCUCCAGAGAGUAUUCUUCCUAGAUGCACAAAUAUCAUGUGCAACGAUGAUGGUUCAACUGUUCAUCUAACAUCGGAAAUCAGGGCAGAGAUAGAGUCGAAAUUCCACAGUUUUGCAGGAAAUGAAACUUUAAGAUGCUUGGCUCUAGCCUUGAAAAGGAUGCCUCUGGGGCAGCAAGCUCUGUCCUUUGAGGAUGAAAAAGAUCUAACAUUUAUUGGGUUGGUUGGCAUGCUUGAUCCACCAAGGGCGGAAGUACGAGAUGCUAUUCUUUCUUGCAUGACCGCUGGUAUACGUGUCAUAGUUGUUACAGGAGAUAACAAGACUACAGCUGAAUCAUUGUGCCGAAGAAUUGGUGCUUUUGAUCAUUUGGAUGACUUUUCGGGGCUUUCCUACACUGCUUCCGAGUUUGAGAAACUUCCAGCCAUCCAGAAGACAAUGGCGUUGCAGAAAAUGACAAUUUUCACCCGGGUUGAACCAUCUCACAAGAGGAUGCUCGUUGAAUCAUUACAACAUCAAAAUGAAGUGGUUGCAAUGACUGGAGAUGGAGUCAACGAUGCACCUGCAUUAAAGAAAGCAGACAUUGGCAUUGCCAUGGGAUCAGGCACUGCAGUAGCCAAGAGUGCUUCAGAUAUGGUUUUGUCAGAUGACAAUUUUGCUACAAUUGUUGCAGCUGUUGCCGAAGGAAGGGCAAUUUACAACAACACGAAGCAGUUCAUCAGAUACAUGAUAUCAUCCAAUAUUGGUGAAGUCGUUUGCAUUUUUGUAGCUGCACUACUUGGGAUCCCUGACACACUUGUGCCUGUCCAGUUGCUAUGGGUGAAUUUGGUAACAGAUGGCUUGCCUGCAACUGCUAUUGGCUUUAAUAAACCGGAUUCUGAUGUUAUGAAGGCAAAACCUCGGAAGGUCAAUGAAGCUGUUGUCUCUGGGUGGCUCUUCUUUCGUUAUUUAGUUAUUGGAGUUUAUGUUGGGCUUGCUACCAUUGCUGGAUUUGUGUGGUGGUUCCUUUACUCUGAUAAUGGGCCUAAAUUGAGCUAUACAGAACUGGUGAAUUUCGACACUUGUUCCACAAGGGAAACAAGCUAUUCUUGCACUGUGUUUAGUGAUAAGCAUCCUUCAACGGUUUCAAUGACUGUACUUGUUGUCGUUGAGAUGUUCAAUGCACUGAACAACCUCAGUGAAAACCAAUCACUCUUAGUCAUCCCCCCUUGGAGUAAUUUAUGGCUUCUCGGAUCAAUUCUACUGACAAUGUUGCUUCAUGCACUGAUCCUCUAUGUGGCACCUUUAUCAGCUCUCUUCUCAGUGGCGCCUUUGAGUUGGUCUGAGUGGACUGUUGUUUUAUAUCUUUCUUUUCCGGUAAUAAUAAUUGAUGAGAUAUUGAAGUUCUUCUCGAGAAGCUCAAGAGGCAUCCCGUUCAACUUAAGAUUGAGGAGAAUGGAUUUGCUACCAAAGCAGGAAGUGCAUGCCAAGUGAUGGAUUCUCGACGUGAGCGCUCAAGAACUGCCGGCCUGAACCUUUUUUGAUUGACAGAUUUGCUGCAGCCAGCGAGUGAUUCAGCUAAUUUAGAGACCAUAUUCAAGUAGAUGUAUGCCUUGAAUUUCUUUGACAGCUUAAAGAAAUAUAUAAAUUAUACAUAACUAUCUCUGGACUAUUGUUUCUUUACAUUUUAGAGCUACUACCUUAGCGUCAGAAAUUUUCCUGUUACAUCAUGUUAAGGUUUGGGGACAAUCUCAUAUACUAGUACUAUAUAUGAUUAAAUUUAUAUACAUUUUAA